GCGCGGCCUGCCCCGGGGACAGCCCCCGCCCGCCGGCACCCGCGGCCCCCCGGGCCGCCCUUCCUGGCGGGGAGCCCGGGCCUGGGGGUGGGGCGGGGGGUCCGCGCCGGGGUAGGGGCGGGAGCGUGGCUCGGCGGCCCUUGGGGUGGCGCGUUGCACCGUGCCGGCGCGGCCCCUGCCCCGGGCGGGCGGCCCGGUGCUGGCGCGCCCCUUGCCGCCGGCGGCCCUGCCUUUGUCUUACCUGGCCUGCACAGGUGCUUGCCUCGACUGAGGAAAGUGUUACAGGCUGGCGUUCAGCACUGAGGUUUAUUCCAGGCCUGGAGAAGGGCUUGCGUACUUCAGAACUGAUAAGGUUAGCCGGAGAGACUUAGCGCAGGAGAGACUUACGGUUUCGGUAGCAUCAGCAAAUGCGCUCUUUUGAGAGUGGAAGGUGGUAACAAAACAAACUAACCACUGUCGGUUUUCAGCGUAUUGUUUGCUGCUGGCACACUGUAGCAGUUGUGUAGUACUCCUGCCACGGUUUAUGCUGCGUGUUGCAUAUUAGAUUGCUUAGGUGGAUUAACUGCCCCUAAGGAUUUAGAGGUUUUAGUGGUGGGUUUGCUUACUUCUGUGCCGUUUUAUUUUUAUACGGGAUACAGAGUAUCAAAGAUACGUGGUGUAAGACUGCUUUCACCAUACACUUGCAGACAUGAGAAGUUUUCAGAUGUGCUUCUGGAUAGACUGGGAAACAUUCUGAACCUGUUUUUAAGUACAAGCUAUAAUGGUAGAUGAUUAAUGGCUACUAUGAUUACUAGUACAUUCUGAACAAACAAGUAGAGCACGAGAAAGGCUCCAGUUGUCUGCCAGUACUAGAUGCUGUUAGUAUCUAAUAUGUUACUGGGGUUGUCUAAUACAAAUACCUGGCUGUUAAUGCAAAUCAGAGAUGAGAAUGUUGAGGAAACGCUGGUUUCCACUGAGGAGUGAUCUCUCAGACGUGAUGUAAUAAUCACAUUGUUAUGAUUCAUUUUCUAAUGCUGAUACAACUAAUGACAAUGGCGCUGUGGACCCUAUGUGGGAGAUGCAUUUGUUCAGUUAAGCAAGCAAAUUCUUCUGCUGUGGGCCUGGCAGCUGAUGUGUUGGAACACUGCUGAAAACUGGUUUAAGAAGUCUAAAGCUUUGCUAGAACUGUGACUAGAAUGGACAGUUACUUUAAAGCUGCAGUCUGUGACCUGGACAAACUACUUGAUGAAUUUGAACAAAAUACAGAGGAGUAUGACUGCUACAGAACACCCCAAAAUCCAUAUAACUCAAAAGACCUGGCACUUUCUUCACUUCUGGACUGCUUACAAAAUGUUUACCCAACACCAAAACUGCAAGAUGAUGCUAACAACUGUAUUUCAUCAGAAGAAAUCUGUCUAGCUAGCCACACUGGAACAAGUGAAGCACUUCUGAGUUGUUCACCACCAAAUGAGAAGAGUGUUGCUGGACCUGAUCUUUUAUCCACUGUGGACAGUGGCUCCUUAAAUGAAAUUCAGGCUUCAAACCUGGGAAGGUGUAGUAUACCUGUGUGUGAUCUUGUUAAUGACACAGGUAACUUAAUCCAUUCAGUGGCUGCUCAUGAAGAUACUCGAAAGUUGCAAUCGGAUGACUUCCAGUACAGUGAAGGUUUGAUUGGCUUUGGCGUAUCUUGCAUACCUGUUGCUACUUGUGUGUCAUCAGCUGCUUGCAGUAAGGUUUCAGGUACAGAGCAGAGUCAUGGGAGCUCAAUGCUACAAGAUUCAGGACGUCUUAAAACAGAGGACAUUGAUCAUUUAACUUCAAAACCAAACAGUUACGCUACAGCAAAGAACUCUGAUCCAUGUGAUGACCAACACAGGACAGAAUCUGUGAAGUGCAGUGAAGUGUUUGAUCAGCUUGAACUAAGUGCUCACCUUAAUACUGCAGGUGUCCCUGUAAUGCUGCAGAAUUCAGAUGAGUACAAUCCCAAAGAUAAGAAAGCAUACGAAAAAUUGCCUUGUGAACCACAAGAUGAAAGUGUAUGCUCUGCAGUAAGCAAAGAGACGUACAAAAGAAGUGCCAUAGAAAAAGCGGACUCAAAAGACGAGAGUAAUCUUGAAUCCAUGCCUUCAGAUCUGCCAAAGAGGCCUCAAUCACACAAAGGCCCUGCACUAUUACCUGGAAAUUGUGUUUUGCCACGCUUCUCCCAUCAAACAGGAGCUGAAGUAGAACUGCAAAAGGAAAUCACGGAAGAGAAUGUAGCUACUGAAGAAUUUAGUAGCAAUAAAAUACUAAACAGUGUUUCAACUUCGUGUCCUUCAGUUGAGGAUGUCCAGACAUCACUGUCAUGUCUUCCACUUCCUGUAUCUAUAUGUGGUUCAUCAGUUGUAACAGAAGAAAAAGUUAAUCCUCUAACUCAAAAUAAAACCAUGGAGGUUAUUAGUGAUACAUUAACUGUUCAUGCUGAAAACUCUAAACUUGAUCUCUCAAGUCGGGAAUCCCGCAGAAACACUGACUUGCAUGAACAGGAAGGACACAUCGCUAAAAUCAACGAAAGUAUUAUGGAAGAAAGUACAGAUGGAGAGAAGUAUGAUACUGAGAAUGCAGUUGAUGACAGUGAUUCUCAGCAAAUCAAAGCUUUUGCUUCUGCUUUUCUAGAACACGAAGCUGAGCCGUAUGGUAUUGGUAUAGACUCCUAUUAUAAUGAAAGAAUGAGCCCUAUUAUGGCUGACUUUACUGUUGAGGAGAAUGUUAUUAAAAGCGAUACUCUAAUAAGCGAUGCUGAGCUUGAUGAUUUCUUGUAUGGACAAAGUCUUCACUCCAAUGUGUUCAAGUCUUCAGACAAUGAUAGUAACUUAAUGGAAGUUGAUGCAGAUGAAGGGUAUUUAAGAAAUGUGGACAGCCUAGAUUUCACACAGGUCACUGAGGACCACAUGCAAGCAAAACUGGAGGAGAUAAUGAGCAUUAAUAAUCUUGAAGUAUCUCUUACUGCCAAUGAGUUGGACUCUGCAACAGAAGAGAGUAUGUUUCAUAUUCAGGAUGUGACUGAGAGUGGUAGUGAAGCACUGGUUCCUAAUGUUUGUACUGGAGGUGCAAGACCAAAGCAGUUGAUUGGCCUUUCCCAAGGAGCUAUUGGUCAGAGACAACUGAGUAGAACAGAUGUACUUGAGAGAGAAAAUCAGGGAACCUGUUCUGUUACCCCAGAAGCUCCUCCCUCAGGUGCCAGCAUAAUUGUUGAUAAAAAUUCUGACCCUGCACACUCUGGGAAAAGCAGCCCUGAAGCUGGAGGAAAUCAAACAUCUAAAAAUGUAGAAUCACUUAAAAUACCUGCAGCUCUCUCAAGGAAACAACCAUUGUGGGUUCCUGAUUCAGAGGCACCCAACUGCAUGAACUGCCAAGUCAAGUUCACGUUUACAAAAAGACGACACCACUGUCGUGCAUGUGGUAAGGUUUUUUGUGGCAGCUGUUGCAAACGGAAGUGCAAGCUACAGUACAUGGAGAAGGAAGCAAGAGUCUGUACAGGCUGUUUUGAUGAUAUUAAUAAGGCCCAGGCACUUGAAAGGAUGAUGAGUCCAGCUGGUCCUGUCCCCAGUUCCAGUACCUUCCCAGAGUAUUCUGCUGAUCCACGUUUGGAGGAAGCCCAGAUAUCUGGUAGUGCUAGCUCUCCUUCACUUUCUGCAUUGUUACCUGUCUCAGCACUUAAACAACCUGGUAUUGAAGGGCUGAGCCAGAAAGAACAGAGGAGAGUUUGGUUUGCAGAUGGCCUUUUGCCAAAUGGUGAAGUGGCAGAUACGACAAAGCUUUCAUCUGGAGCAAAGAGAUCAUCACAGGACUUAAGUCUAGGAAACCCUGACUUGGGAGAGAUGCAUAUGGCUGCAAACCCAGAGGAAGGUGACAUGUUAACUGAUGUAAAUCCAAAACCUAAGGAAGAAAUUGAUACUACUACAAGAAUAGAGGGAUUGUGUCUUCCUGUUCCUUCAGAUGAUGCACAGCAGGCCGUUCCAGGCCAGAAUGAGGUGGUACAGAGUUGUUCAUCUGUGCCUCUAGCAACAGAAGAAAGUUCUUCUGUGGCAGAGGCUGAGAAGACUAGCUGCAGUUCAGUUGAUCAGACUACAAGUGAUAUGCCUGCUAGUCCUUUGAGUUACAGAGCCCUAUGUGGUCUUGAAAACUGUGUCCGUAAAGAGACAAGCCUUGUUCCUGAUGGAGAUACACUGCCUCCACUUUUGCUUGCAGUGGGUAAAAAAGGAAAAGAUCCUCUAGUAGAAGAACGUCCAUCUCACCAAAAGGUCACCUUGCUUCUUGUGGAGGGAGGUCCCCAUCCAUUAACUUUUAUCCUAAAUGCAAACUUUCUUGUGAAUGUCAAGCUAAUAACUUAUUCUUCAGAAAAGUGCUGGUACUUCUCAACAAAUGGACUACAUGGUUUGGGUCAGGCAGAAAUUGUCAUUGUGUUGAAGUGUUUGCCAGAUGAAGAGAUUUUUCCUAGAGAAAUAUUUAAAUUAUUUAUUGGCAUCUAUAAGGAUGCAAUGAAAGGAAGGCUAAUAAGAAACAUGGAAAACAUAACUUGUACUGAAAACUUUCUCGGCAACAAAGAGCAUGGAGGAUUCCUGUUUGUUUCCCCAACGUUUCAGAAACUUGAUGACCAAAUUCUACCAGAUAACCCUUUCCUUUGUGGCAUUCUCAUCCAUAAGCUGGAAAUACCCUGGGCAAAAGUUUUUCCCAUCCGUUUAAUGUUGAGAUUGGGAGCAGAGUAUGGGGUGUAUCCAACUCCUGUAGUAAGUUACAGGCACCGGAAGCCACUCUUUGGAGAGAUUGGACACACAAUUAUGAACCUACUUGUUGACCUUAGAAAUUAUCGGUAUACUUUGCAUACCAUAGACAACCUGUUUGUUCAUGUGGAAAUGGGUCGAAGCUGUAUUAAAAUACCCCUAAGGAAGUAUAAUGAGGUAAUGAAGGUCAUCAGUUCUUCUAAUGAACAUGUAAUUAGUAUUGGAGCAUGUUUUAAUACUGAAGCAGACUCUCACUUAGUCUGUGUGCAGAACGUGCAUGGCCUUUAUCACACACAAGCAGUCAGCGCUACUGGACAUCCUAGGAAAGUUACAGGUGCAAGUUUUGUGGUGUUUAAUGGAGCCUUAAAAACAUCUUCAGGAUUUUUAGCUAAAUGCAGUAUAGUUGAAGAUGGACUAAUGGUACAAAUAACGCCAGAAACGAUGGAAAGCCUACGUCAGGCAUUGCGAGACAAGAAGGACUUUAAAAUAACUUGUGGCAAAACGGAUGCAGGAGACAUAAAAGAAUAUGUAGAUAUUUGCUGGGUAGAAAAUGAAGAAAAAACAAACAAAGGAAUUUUAAGCCCAGUCGAUGGAAAAUCAAUGGAAGGAACUUGGAGUGAAAAAGUGAUACAAGGCAGAGACUUCGAAAAAGAGGGGAAGGUUAUGAAGUGUACCCAAGUAUACUAUUUUCUGAAGAACCAUGAACUAUCCAGUCCUGUUCCUCCUCAUCAGUUUGCUGAAGAGAUUGCUCUUGCCUGCAGUACUGCUCUUUGCCCACACCUUAAAACCUUGAAAAAUAAUGGGAUGACUAAGAUAGGCCUGCGGGUUGCCAUUGACUCAGAUACGGUUGAGUACUUGGCUGGAUCUGGAGGCCACCUUCUUCCACCAAACUAUCUGAACGACUUAGACAAUGCUUUGAUUCCUGUGAUCCACAGUGGAAUGUCAGAUCCUACCAGUCUGCCGUUGAAAAUGGAAUUAAUAUUUUUCAUCAUAGAACACCUGUAUUGAUGAGGCUGAUUACAGGCAACAUACUGAUUUGCUAGAUCUGAACACCAAAGUUACAAAGCUACAAACACUAAAAGUGUUAAGGUUUCUAAACCUGUUAGGUUUUAGUAGGUUUUCAGGCUGUUUUUCAAAGCCCUCAAAUUCUCUCUGGUUUCUUUACCACAGAAGAGUUUGUGCAGUUUAUCUUGUUUCCUGAAGUUCUGGAAGUUGACACUUAAUACAGGUGCCAAAGAGGGCAGGUUCUGUGAUCUCUUUACACACUCAUAGCAUUUACUGCAUGUAGUGGUGUGACUGUAAGCCAUACUAUCUUUCCUCUCAGCCUUGGUUAAAUGCAUUACGAAACAUCGCCUGCGGUUAGAUCUGAUCUCUGCAGCAUGUGUUUUCCGUGUGCAGAUGAGCAAAACACUGGGGCAGAAGCUGGGGCACAAAACUUUUUCUUGCCAUUUGAGAUUCAAAUGCGAGAUCCUGUAUAGCUGACAGCAGGCUUCCCGUGUCGCUGCAAAAUACAAGUGCAUGCCUUCUGGCACUUGUUUAUGACUGGCACGAGGAAGAAUUUUACUUGUUUGUGAAGACUUGGAAAUGCUUAGCAUUAGGAUAUUCCACUGGUGCUUCAGGAACACAUGCCCAGAGUUAAUUUCUUUUCUAGAGUAACUGAUUUCUUUCUUACUUACCUAACUUAAACAGAUGCUAUUUUUAUAAAUAACUGCAACUUUUUCCUUACUGUUUUUGAAGUCCUGAUGCAGUUUGACCUCUCGAGGGUUAAACAAAGAACCAGAUUAUCCCUGAGGCAAUCUACAUGUAGCUGUACAUCAGACCAGGUUCUGCAGUAUCUUUUCUGCUCCAGUCUGCUGCUUUUGGCACUUCUUGGUAGCCACCUCUACUUUCAGGGAGAACCAAUGUAUUAAGUGUGAAUUUUCAUGAAUGCAUUGAUUAUAUUUUUUUUUUCAAAUUUUUUAUCGACGGUUUUUUGGUAAACAUGAGGUUCUUGCACGGUAGUAUUUUUGAUACCGGGUCAUUAAGAUCUAUUUAGGUAUUGGCAAUGUAUGCGAUUUGUACUGAGGGUUGGGUGCACCGCAGCAGGGCUCUGGUAACUGUCAGGCAACGGUCGAGAACAGAAUCCAAACUGAAGUAUGUACAAGGUGCAUAUUGUUUUCAGUAGAGAUGCUGGCGCAGUUCUGUAACGAGUAUUAAAACGCUAAUGCCUUCUGGAUGUUAAAAGGGGAUAUUUUCUGGCUUUGUAUCAAAAACAACGUGUAACCUAA